AUGAUUAAUUUGGACGUUCAUUUUGAAAGUAAACUCUUGAGUGGCCAUCUCGCAUCGGAAUCAAAAUUUAGAGUAUUUUGUGAAUAUUAUUUUGAGCUGCUUGAACAUUUCAAUUUUAACGAGUUUCCGAAAUUGCCUUCUCUCCUAUCACACGAUUUAUUGAAAUUCUUUGAAGAGAAUAAUUUGCCAAUUUUGGUUCGUUUGGCAUCACUCUCUGAUUUUCCAGUGCAUAAAGAUUUUCCAUUUUAUAAAUUGUCUGUCAAGUUGAGAAACGAUGUAACGUUUGUGAAACAAGUACUGCUCGUUUGUAACAAACUAGACAUUUUGCAAAGUUGUACGUUAGGUGUCAAAAAUCUAGAAUUCAUGAAAGAAAUUGUUCAAGUGAAUGGCGCUGCUUUGCAAUAUGCUUCCUAUGAGAUUAAAAAAGACAAAGAAAUUGCAUUGUUGGCUGUGAAACAAAAUUACAAUGCAUUUGAGUAUGUGAGUGAAAACCUCAAAAAAGAUCGUGAUGUUAUUGAACAAGCUGUGAAAAAAGGAGGAUUACAGUAUGGAACAAGUGACAUGAAAGAUUCAAAAGAACUGGUCUUGCAAGCUAUUGGUGAAAACAUGCAUGCAUUUGAGUAUGCGAGUCAGAGAUUGAAACAAGAUGAAGAUGUUGUACUUGCGGCUGUGAGUUAUACCAAUUACCAAAUCAUACCUACGAAUUUGAGAUAUAGCCGAUCUUUUUGUUUGAAAUUUGUUAAGAAAAUUGGAUUUAAAGCCACUUCACAAUGUUCUGAAUCAUUGAUGUCAGAUCCUUCGUUUGUUUUGGAGUUACUUGAUUUAAAGUGUGGAAAAUGUACGGAUAUUUCAUUGCCAAAAAGUCUGAUGAAUGAUCGAUCUGUUGCUUUGAAGAUUAUCCAAAAACAUCCAUUUAGUGUAUUGUUGUGUCCUAACGACAGAGAACUUGUCAUAGAAGCAGUGAAAAGAGAUAUUUCAGUAUUGCCUAAUGUUGCAUAUUCAUUGCGACGAGAUUUCUCGUUUGGCAAAGAAAUGAUUGACAUCCAUCCUGAUACGUUGUUGUAUCUUGAUGCAGUGCUUCGCGAAAACGUGGAUCUGUUAUUAUAUGCUGUGAAGAAGGAUGGAAUGUGCAUCAGAUUUGUGAUGCCAAGUAAUAAGGAAGUUGUCAGAGAAGCAGUGAAACAAAAUCCUGAAGCCAUUCAAUUUGCUUCAAGCACUUUGAAAAAGGAUGAAGAAUUCAUGUUGGAAAUGAUGGAAUACACACCACUUGCUUUGAGAUAUGCAAGUUUUGAUUUACGAGUGAAUAAGGAGUUUGUUGCAAAAUCAGUGAUGAAGAAUGAGAAGGCAUCCAUUUAUGCAGAUUAUUCUCAGGACGAUUUGUUAUAUAACGCUCUCGGAUAUUCAAGCUGGUCAUUGAAGCAUAACAGAGAAUUUGUGUUGAAUUGUGUCAAGAAAAAUGGUCUCUCACUUCAACAUGCAUCCAAUGACCUCAAAUCGGAUAAGGAAAUUGUCACCCAAGCAAUCAUGCAAAAUCCAGAAUCAUUAGAAUAUUCGGAUUUGAGUUAUGACAAAGAGUUUGUGUUACAACUGAUACAACAGAACAAAAUCCAUUUGACAUUUAGAACUAUUUCAGAUACAUUGAAAAGUGAUGAAACUAUUGUGCUUGCAGUUGCAACUUAUGACCCAACUUUUAUGAUUGCAUUUAAUUUGGACACUGAAGAAAAUAUCAUACGUGUAUUUGAAGAUAAUCCCUCUGUUUUGAGAUAUGUGCGUGAACCAUUGAGCAGAGACAAAUCUUUUGUGAGAAAACUAUUGUUAAAAAAUCCUAUGGCACUGCAGUAUGUUAGAUCUGAGUUACUACUUGAUGCCAAAUUCAUAUUCUCUAUUUCGGAAAAUAAUUUCAAGAAGAUAUUCGAAAAUAUUAAGAACUGCCGAUUCCGUACGUACUAA